AUGAACUGUUUACACUCCUGCGAGCCAGAACGAAAACUCCAUAUCCCACAACUCUUUGCGCGAACUCACUCAGCUGCUGUAUUCCAUAAUGGCCGAACAUAAGUGGACCGGUUGUGUUAAAAGUCUGAAAGGUGUGAUUUUAGACAUGUGUGGCGUGUUGUAUGACAGUGGAGAGGGCGGAGGUGUACCCAUAUCAGGAUCAAUUGAGGCUGUGAAAAGGUUGAAGGAGUCAGACCUGCAGUUGCGUUUUUGUACGAAUGAGACUCAAGCCACUCGUGAGAAGUUUGUGUCGAAGCUCCAGCGGAUGGGGUUCGAGCUGAGUGUGAGUGAGGUGUUCCCUCCCGCGCCGGCGGUGGCGGCCAUCUUGAAGGAGCGGGGACUCAGACCCCACCUGCUGGUGCAUGAUGAUGUGAUGCCCGAGUUCGACAAUGUGGAUAAGACGAAUCCCAACUGCGUGGUCAUCGGAGACGCGGCGGAGAAGUUCUCUUAUAAGAACCUGAACGAUGCUUUUCAGGUCCUCAUCGGCUUGGAGAAACCCGUGCUCUUCUCAAUGGGGAAAGGACGAUAUUACAAAGAGACAGAUGGACUAAAGCUGGAUGUUGGGGUAUACAUGAAGGCUCUGGAGUAUGCCAGUGAGGUGGAGGCGGAGGUGGUGGGUAAACCGUCCUCCAUGUUCUUCCAGACUGUGCUGAAUGACAUGGGACUGCAGCCACACGAGGUGCUGAUGAUUGGUGACGAUCUAGUGAACGACGUCGGUGGAGCACAGCAGUGUGGGAUGAAGGGACUCCAAGUUAGAACCGGAAAAUACAGACCCAGUGAUGAGAGGCAUGCGAGUGUGACGGCUGACGGGUAUGUUGACAACCUGGCAACCGCAGUGGACCUCAUCUUGAAGAACAGAGCCCAGUAAAGGAGCCCACUACACCUGGCAACCGCAGUGGACCUCAUCCUGAACCACAGAGCCCAGUAAAGGAGGCCACUACACCUGGCAACCGCAGUGGACCUCAUCCUGAACCACAGAGACCAGUACACCUAGACCCCACAGAGGCUAGUGAAGAAAGCCCACAACAUACAAAUAAUAAUAAUAAUAAUAAUAAUAAUAAUAAUAGUAAUAUUAAUAAUAAUAAUAUGGGGGUGAAGGGGCAGGGGAAGGGCCAGUGAUGUUUAAGUCCAUAUGCCUCUGUGAAUAGAUGGGAUUUGGGAUAUAGAGUAGAAUAGAGUAGCCCUUUUGAUCAGCUAGCUCAGGUGAGGGUUAAGAUGCCACCGUGAAAGCAUGGGAGAAGGGAUGGGGUACGGGACAAUACUGUAAUGGAGGGAUGCGGUACGGGACUAUACUGUAAUGGAGGAAUGCGGUACGGGAAAAUACUGUAAUGGAGGAGGGAUGCGGUACGGGACAAUACUGUAAUGGAGGAGGGAUGGGGUACGGGUCAAUACUGUAAUGGAGGGAUGCGGUACGGGACAAUACUGUAAUGGAGGAAUGCGGUACGGGACUAUACUGUAAUGGAGGAGGGAUGGGGUACGGGACUAUACUGUAAUGGAGGAGGGAUGCGGUACGGGACAAUACUGUAAUGGAGGAAUGCGGUACGGGACAAUACUGUAAUGGAGGAAUGCGGUACGGGAAAAUACUGUAAUGGAGG